GGGGCCUGGGCGGAGAGGGAGGAAAACUUCCUGGCUAGGACUCCGGCGGUUUCUGCUUGCCAACCCUCCGAUCCCGCCUACCAGUGUUGGCUCUUCCCGACCCCUCCCCCCGGCGCCCCCAGUGUCCGCCAUGGCCAAAGCCUACGACCACCUCUUCAAGUUGCUGCUGAUCGGGGACUCGGGGGUGGGCAAGACUUGUCUGAUCAUUCGCUUUGCAGAGGACAACUUCAACAGCACUUACAUCUCCACCAUCGGAAUUGACUUCAAGAUCCGAACUGUAGAAAUAGAAGGGAAGAGGAUCAAACUGCAAGUCUGGGACACGGCUGGCCAAGAACGAUUCAAGACAAUAACUACCGCCUACUACCGUGGAGCCAUGGGCAUUAUCCUCGUAUAUGACAUCACAGAUGAGAAAUCCUUCGAGAAUAUUCAGAACUGGAUGAAAAGCAUCAAAGAGAAUGCCUCUGCUGGAGUGGAGCGCCUCCUGCUGGGAAACAAGUGUGACAUGGAGGCCAAGCGGAAGGUGCAGAAAGAGCAGGCUGAGAAGUUGGCUCGAGAGCACAGAAUCCGAUUUUUUGAGACGAGUGCCAAAUCCAGUGUGAAUGUGGAUGAGGCUUUCAGUUCCCUGGCUCGAGACAUCUUGCUCAAGACAGGAGGCCGACGAUCGGGAAACAACAGCAAGCCCUCAAGCACUGACCUGAAAACGUCUGACAAGAAGAACAGCAACAAGUGCUCCUUGGGCUGAGGAACAUUUCUUGCCUCCUAUUCACCCUGAACCUGGAGGCUAGACCUGAGGGAGGCAGACUGAGGGGCUCCAGAGGGGAGAACUGUGGUAGCACCUCGAGGGGUAGAUGAUGGGAAUAAGGAGAAUGGGGAGGAAGGAAAGGAAGAAAGAGGCAGGGAAAGGAGGGGGAGGAACCAAGGAUGUGAAAGGUGAACAGAAGUGGUUUGAGAAGAGGAAAGGAAGAAGAAAUGAGUGGCUUAGGUCUUGGACAGUCCAACAUUAAUGUCAAUACGCUGAUCUUUCCAUUCCUGGCUCAGGGUUAGGGUCCUGAGAGGCUGGCCUGGCACUACUCUGAGGGUCCCUCACUCUGCAGGGUCUUUGUUAGUAUUAAAGGCUACUGUUUUGCAUGAA